AUGGUUUCUCUGACAGCAGCAUCUGUGGUGCCAGUGUCCUGCGCCAUGGCUCUGCUCGGUGUGGGCUGCUUGGCCGCCGCGCUCCUGGCUUUCUUGUUGGUCCGCCAGCUCGUCAAACAGAGACGACCCCCCGGCUUCCCUCCUGGUCCAUCGCCCAUCCCUAUUAUCGGCAACAUUUUUUCCCUGGCGACCGAGCCGCACGUCUUCCUGAAGAGGCAAAGCGAAGUUCACGGACAGAUUUUCAGUCUUGACCUGGGAGGCAUCAUGACUGUGGUCUUAAAUGGAUACGACUGUGUCAAAGAAUGUCUCUACCAUCAGAGUGAGGUGUUUGCUGAUCGUCCAUCCCUGCCUCUGUUCAAGAAAAUGACCAAAAUGGGUGGGCUUCUUAAUUGUAAGUAUGGCAAAGGUUGGAAUGAUCACCGCAAACUGGCGUGCAACUCUUUCCGUUACUUCGGCAGUGGUCAGAGGCUGUUUGAGAGAAAGAUCUCGGAGGAGUGCAUGUUCUUUGUGGACGCCAUUGACGGACACAAGGGGAAGCCCUUCAACCCCAAGCACCUAGUGACCAACGCGGUCUCCAACAUCACCAACCUGAUCAUUUUUGGUCAACGCUUCACCUACGAUGACCGUGACUUUCAGCACAUGAUUGAGAUCUUCAGUGAGAACGUGGAGCUGGCGGUCAGCGGCUGGGCGCUACUGUACAAUGCCUUCCCUUGGAUUGAAUACAUGCCGUUUGGAAAACACCAGAAGCUGUUCCGCAACGCGACUGAGGUCUACGAUUUUCUGCUGGAGGUUAUAAAGCGCUUCUCACACGGAAGGGUGCCCCAUGUUCCUCGCCAUUAUGUUGACGCCUAUUUGGAUGAGCUGGAGCAAAAUUCAGGAGAUCCCAGUUCCUCGUUUUCAUAUGAGAACCUGAUCUAUUCAGUGGGUGAACUGAUUAUCGCUGGCACAGAGACCACAACAAACACCCUGCGUUGGGCCAUGUUGUACAUGGCGCUGUACCCCAACAUCCAAGAGAGGGUGCACCGAGAGAUCGACGGUGUAUUGACCAACGGAAGGGCUCCCACAUUGGAGGACAAGCAUAAGAUGCCCUAUGUGGAGGCGGUUUUGCACGAGAUCCUUCGCUUCUGCAACAUUGUGCCCCUGGGGAUUUUUCGUGCUACAUCCCAGGAGGCAAAAGUAAAUGGGUACACAAUUCCCAAAGGGACCAUGGUGAUCACCAACCUCUACUCAGUACACUUCGAUGAGAAGUACUGGAAUGAGCCGGGGGUUUUCUCACCACAGAGAUUUCUGGACAGCAGUGGCAACUUUGUGAGGCGAGAGGCCUUCCUUCCAUUCUCCUUAGGAAGACGUCACUGCCUGGGUGAACAGCUGGCCCGGAUGGAGAUGUUUCUCUUUUUCACCACCUUGUUGCAAAGGUUUCAUCUUCAGUUCCCUCCAGGAACCGUUCCAACGGUCACUCCCAAGCUAGGGAUGACCCUGCAGCCCAAACCUUACUCCAUAUGCGCCGUCCGCCGCCAGCAGAAGUUUCCCGGUUCUUGAGAUGCCGCUUGUCGUACGUAAGCUAGCUGAAUGUACGCAUUCACGUCUUUUCUAAAGAACUUUCAGUGGGAUAGGCUUCACCUCUGAACUCAAACAGUUUUUUCAACCGCUAUUGAUUUUUUUUUUUGUGAGCAAUAUGCAUGUUUGCACAGAGCUUUCAACCACCAGAACUGGAGGGACAUCCGAGGAACGCCAGUUUGCUAUCGAUUCGAUUCUCUGAGCCUCUGCACCCAGAAACAGACAUGUCUGUGAACAUGGUGUAACCGUGACGGCUCGGGUCAAUGAUUUAUACUAUGUACACUUAUAAUGGUUCAUAGCCCUUCUGUCCCGAGACAGAUUUGGGCCGGAUUGCUGACACCAGUCACUUGAGCUGCAUGCUGGCAAAGCGAGACUGAUAGACUUUCCAAGAAAGUUCUUCACGUUGUGUAUUGGAGCUGGACAUGGACCAAGAUUUACAUCAUCUGGAUCAACUUUUGACUUGUUCUCCUGGGAUGGUGCUAUGUGGAAAAUCUUUCUCUUAGAAAGAACCCUGAUUUUUUUUUUUUCUUUCUUUUUCAGAAAUUGACUGCAAUGUUAGUUUCUGCUAAAUGGUGCUUAUCAGUAUUCAGUGUGCUGCAUUUAUGUGUUUUAUUUUGUGAUGUAAUUGUAUUUCUUUCGUAAAUGUAUACAUUUUAACUUACCUUGUGUACUUUUGGAAGGAUUUUGCAAGAAUAAUUGUUGCUUUAAUAAGACAUUGAAACUAUAUUUUUACAGUUACAUAAGCAAUAUAAAAGAGGCAGUGCAGGUUUAGAGGUAAAGUACUGUCUCAUUUUAGGUCAAAUAUAAUUCCUUACAGUUUGAUUUAAAACAACAAACCUAAACCAAUAAGAAAAAAAAAAACAUUUUCCACAUUUGAAAUUUUGAUUAAAGGAUUACAAUCCUGCAAUAGCAUGACCCUAAUAAAUAAGAAAAGAAAAAUAUCAACUCAAUCUCUACAAGAUAACAUUUUUUUAGAAACCACCAAAAACGACUAUUCCUACAGUCCCACCCCUAAACAUUUAGCAUCGAAAAGCCCCGGUUGACUUCCAUUAAUACUAAAAGGGGUUAAUUCAGUAGCAUGUGGUGGAUUAGAAAUGAACUCUACAGAAGACACAUUUGCAUCAUUGGUAGGUUAAAUAUAAACCUGAAAAGGUAUAGUUUCAGGUCUUUUCAACCUUCACCAUACACAGCUGGUAUGCAUUUGUUGCUUGGUAUAUAGUGUUCUGUGACUUACCAAUAAGUAGAUGAACUUAGAGUGGUCACAAUUUCUGUUGAUUUGCACCAAGGCAUUUGAUACCCAGUUUUAUCUGUAUGGUUGUGUAUAUUUUGUCUAGUUUUGAUGUCACAAACCUGUCCGGACCCUCUGAAAAUGGAUAAAUGAGGGAACCAGAUUGGUUGGAACAGUAAAUACCUGAGGAGCGGAUGGUACCAAAUACCUACAAUCCGUUUUAAGAGCACUUUCAAUCUCAAACUUAAAGUACAAUAUGUUUAUACGUAUGUAUAUCUAGCUAUAGUUGCAAUACAUUUUUAAUUGACUAUAGUUAGAAAAGUUUUUAAAACUGCAGGGUCCAUAGCUUGUCUCUGUAAUGAUGUUGAGCUUUUUUUUCAUCAUAGUUUGCUUGUUUAAAAAAGCUGAAUAGAAUGUAUGUAGAAACUGUUACUUUUGUUUGUUAUCCUACUUUAAGGAAGUUAACACAGGGUAUUCCCAUUUUUUAAAAAAACUUGUGGGAAAAUGAUAUCUAUACUAUUCAGUUAUGCACUUUACUGAGUGUUUGUAUGUCUUAUAACUUUUACAGCAUCUAUCUUUGUGUUCAUGGGAUUCUGUUGGCUCUGGACUACUGGAGCCAGCCCCCUAGUGGUAAUUCUGUGAACAGCAAUUUAUUUUUUUAAAUGGUUGUAUUAGGUUAAACUUUGUUUUUGGGUGUCGUGGGAACAUAAGUCCUAGAAAAAUAAAUGUGUCUUUUCUAUAGUCUUGUUUAUGCAAAGCAGAUUGACUUGAAUGCUGACUGGUUCUACUUCAAAUGUGUUUUUAGUUUUUACUCAAGCUUAACUCAGAUGUAAAAACGAGGUAUAGAAAUGGAAAAAAAGGAGAUGCAUUUCCUCUCAAUGACACAUAAGUGUGGGGAAUUUGUUUCCUCACUUACAUAAAGUGGCAUGGACAAAAAAAUAAAAAUAAUAAAAUCUUGCGAGUUCUCACACACACAAACACCAAUAAAAAUCAAUGAAAACUGCUGAUACUUUAAGGAUGGUGUUUUAUGACAGCUAUAAAUAACAAAAAUCCCCACAAUGUAGAUAAGGGUGAAUGGUUACAUUAGACAAACGUACGUACAUUGAUGCUACAUAAGGGUAACAACCAUUCUUAGAUGUAUUUAUGGCACAAUCAUCUGAGGACACUGUGGUUUGAAAGACUGCACAGUGAGAAGCCAACAAACAUUUACAACUUAAUGAGUCAGAACAUAUCAGGUCUGGAGCUACCACGGCUUUACGAUCCACUGGGUCCAUGUGAAUAGAACGGAUGUCAAAUUUGUCAGAAUGUAUUUGGCUCCAGCCCGAGUCCCGGCUCCUCUGUCCCUACCACUCUGAUCGCGGAGGGGAAAUUUUCUUUUUUGACCCGCUGUGCUGGUUCUGUGCCAGCAGGGCCCAGACGCCGAUCGACAGAUCGUACCCACGACGUACAGGAUGAAGGUUGAGUGCGGCACAAGUUUGGUGACACAAGCGAUACAACAGUGAAAGUCAAUGGAGGAGACAAAGAAGAGUGGUUUAUGAUACAGAACAAUGAGAGGCUAAAAACAAACAAACCA